AUGGCUGGCAACCGAGAAGAGAGAGUAAUGCGAGAUGACGAUGCAAAGCUACAGGACGAAGGGGUGACCCAGCUGGAAGAUCCCCAAAUCAUUUCACAAAUGAUAAAAUUCGUGGUGUGGCUGAAGCUCGUCAACCCGACUCAGUAUCGCUUUGAGCAUCUGGCCACGCAGCUCAAGUGGCGUCUGCAGGAGGGCCGCGGCGAGGCCGUCUACCAGAUCGGCGUGGAGGACAACGGCCUGCUGGUCGGCCUGACGGAGGCCGACAUGAAGGCCUCGCUCAAAACCUUAAAGAGGAUGGCGGAGAAAGUCGGCGCCGACAUCACUCUCCUCCGAGAGAGGGAGGUGGACUACGACUUGGACAGAAACACCCGUAAAAUCGCAGAAGUCCUGGUUCGAAAAGUUCCCGAUGAUCAGCAGUUCCUGGACCUGCGGGUGGCGGUUCUGGGGAACGUGGACUCUGGGAAGUCGACGCUGCUCGGCGUCCUGACGCAGGGAGAGCUGGACAACGGCCGAGGCCGAGCGCGACUCAACCUCUUCAGACAUCUGCACGAGAUCCAGACCGGACGCACGUCCAGCAUCAGCUUCGAGAUCCUCGGCUUCAACAGCAAGGGAGAGGUCGUGAACUACAGCGAGUCUCGGACCGCCGAGGAGAUCUGUGAGAGCUCCUCCAAGAUGAUCACCUUCAUCGAUCUGGCCGGACACCACAAGUACCUGAAGACGACCAUCUUCGGCCUCACCAGCUACUGCCCCGACUUCGCCAUGCUGGUGGUGAGCGCCAACACCGGCAUCGCCGGUACGACCCGGGAGCACCUGGGCCUGGCCAUGGCGCUGAAAGUUCCCAUCUUCAUCGUGGUCAGUAAAGUGGACCUGUGCUCCCGCGGCACCGUGGACCGAACCGUCCGGCAGCUGGAGCGAGUCCUGAAGCAGCCGGGCUGCAACAAGGUCCCGAUGGUGGUGUCCAACCCCGACGACGCCGUGACGGCCGCACAGCAGUUCGCCCAGUCUGCGUGUGGAGUGUGCAGGGAGGGUGAGAGGCUGGUGGUCGGUCCGACAGACGAGGGCCGCUUCCUGCGUCUGAAGGUGGGCAGCAUCCAGAGGAACCGUUCGGCCUGCAGGGUGCUGAGGGCCGGGCAGGCCGCCACGCUGGCUCUGGGAAACUUUGACCGCUCGCUGCUGCGUAAGGGUAUGGUGAUGGUCAGCCCCAAGAUGAACCCGACCAUCUGCUGCCAGUUUGAAGCCGCCAUCGUCCUGCUCUUCCACGCUAAGACCUUCCGCCGGGGCUCGCAGGUCACCGUGCACGUGGGCAACGUCCGGCAGACGGCCACGGUGGAGUGUCUUCACGGGAAGGAGGAGCUGCGCACGGGCGAGAGAGCCGUGGUCCGCUUCCGCUUCAUCAAACACCCCGAGUACCUGCGGCUGGGCGCCAAGCUGCUCUUCAGAGAGGGCGUCACCAAAGGCAUCGGCCACGUCGCCCGCCUGCUGCCUCCCUCCCAGAACCACGACCAGAACCAGAACCACGACCAGAACCUGCAGGAGCAUUAAAGACCUCGGCUCCCUCCGUCAUCCUCCGUCACAGCGUCGACAGAUGUUGAUCUCUGUGAGAACUGACCGACCGGUCGCCACGUGUCGGCGUGUUCCUCCUCCUGUCCUGGAUGUAUAGUUCUGACCCCAUUGGCCCCCCCGCUGUGAUGUCAGAGAAUCCAUCAUCAUCAUCUUCUUCCUCCCAGCAGACGUUCGGGUCUUGAGUUAAAGCUGGCUGACCUCAGUGGAUUUAAGCCUCAGUGGACGGUUAAUCUGAUGUUGUGCCACAGUUGGAUUGAAGAGGAUCUGUUUCGUCAGUGAGACGACAGCGGGAUUAUUAUUUGGGGUGAUUUGAGGAACGCAGUGCGAUUCUUCAGACGGGGGAGAGGAGGAAGGAUUGACCUCUGCAUCCCUCCCAAACACGCCAUCUCUACACGCUCAGACUUUGAAGAGGGGGAUUAUUUCCAGAAGAGCUCGUCAAACAUUCAGGAACGUGAUGAUGGUUUUUUCUGCAUGUUUUCAGCGCAUAAACUUGAAAAGGUGAAUGUUUUGUGUCGCUGCGGAGCGGUUUGCGUGGAGUGCAGUGGCUGUCGAGCACUGAGGGGUUGUAGAAGCUACCGGCACACGGCUAGCUGGCAUUGUUAGCUCAGCAGCUAUCCCUGCGUGUACUCACUGUGUAUGUACGUAUGUCCUAUAAACAUGUGGAUGAGCUGCUGUGCACUGUUCUGAUCACAUAUUACUAACACGUGUGUGGGAUUGAUUAAUUGAUUAAUAAUCUGCGUGCACAAGUUAAAAAAUGACUCGACGCCUCCGGAGCUCCGCACACAUCAAGAGUUUAGACUGUUGGAAGGAUUAUUAAAUCAAUAUUAUUGAUUUUAUUUUCAUUGCUCAGUCCAUUGUUCUCUCUUCUUUUGCACUUUAUUCACUUUUCAUUAUAAUGAUGAAUCCCUACAGACGAGGGACGCACCGGUACAACUACUCAGAUACCGCUUAUGGCAGCGUGAAUAACACAGAAUAACAAAACCUGCAGUUCCUCUAACGUCCACUAGGGGCCGGCUCCAGCAGUGACUCGGUCUCAGUAAGGACCCAUUUUUUCUAUAUAAUGACGACGAUUGUUGAUCUGCAGUGACACAACAUAACUGUGGACCAGUAUUCUUAUUUUAUGCUAUUAAAUUGGCAAAAACCUCAGAAUUUACAUUUACCCACAGUCAAACUAGAGGCUCUGCUUUCACCCCAAAAGUGGGCGGGGUCAUGACGAAGUACCCGGAUGUGCUGCUCUCAUCUAUAGAUUAUUAUAUAUACUAUAUUGGAGUAUUUUAAAGCAGCUUUUACAACAUUUAAUUUGUUACAGUCAGAAAAUGAGGAACAUCUGAUGUAAAUACAGUCGUUGUUAAACUGUGACGUUAUUAUUAAGCACUCAUCGGCAAAGUACACACGGUGUGUAAACCGUGGCAUCGGUGCGUCCCUGGUGUCCAUUCAGCAGUCAGAGUCAGUUUUUUUUGUUCGUGGGUUGACGUAUUGAUGAAAUGUUGGAGGAGGCUUCAGCGCUGAAGAUGCGUCAUGUUUUUGAAUUCUGGUUGUUUUUACACUUCACAGCCUCACAUUCAGUCUGUGGGGAUUCAUCCGCUCUCUACUCGCCCUGUUGAACUUCGUACAUUCAGUAUCUGCAUUUACAGACCAAAUCUUUGCAUCCUGAGUUCCAGUUUGUUCCGACUGUUUAGUGACGAUAUGAAACGUUUGAUGUAUCGGGCAGCUUAUUGCAGCUAAACAUAACCUGCAUGCUCUUUGACUGGCAGAAAAAAAACAACUAAUCCUCUCAUUGAAAAUAUAAAAUAUGUAUCCCGUGUUGAAACUGUUUUAAAUUUUUUUGAGGUUCUGUGCAAUCGUAAACCUAAAUAUCGAAUGUACUUUCCAUGGAUCCUGUGUAGCAUUUGAAAUUGCUUCUUGUUGACUUUGCACUUUGUAUUCUGCAGAACGUUGAAGACGUGUGAGACGUUUAAACAUUAAACAGUGAAUUCAUCAGUUUGUUUUUCCCGACCGUCCC